GUGAAUUGCGUCAUCAGAGCGCGGCCACUAGCUGACAGUAGCAGGGGAAGUUAACUGACCUUCUUUACGGCCUCGUCGCUCGCACUAGAGUCUGACGAGGACCUUGAAUGUUUUUCACCAGCGGUAUUUGAGCUUCUUGAUUUCUUUAACUGCACAGCUACACAGUCAUGCCCACAAAGCUGGACGUCCCCACCCUGCAGGAGCUGAAGGUGGACGAGAUAAAAGUGUCCUCUUCGGUACUGAAGGCUGCUGCCCACCAUUAUGGCUCCCAAUGUGACAAACCCAACAAAGAGUUCAUGCUCUGCCGCUGGGAGGAGAAGGAUCCCCGGAAGUGCCUAGAGGAAGGGAGAAAAGUCAAUGAGUGUGCACUCAACUUCUUCAGGCAAAUCAAGGGGAAUUGUGCCGAGUCCUUCACGGAGUACUGGACCUGCCUGGAUUACUCAAACUUGGCAGAACUCCGUCACUGCCGUAAACAGCAGCACGCUUUCGACAGCUGCGUCCUUGAGAAACUGGGAUGGGAGAGACCUGACUUGGGAGAUCUGUCUAAGGUCACCAAAGUGGCGACCUCGCGGCCCCUGCCAGAGAACCCCUACCACUCUAGACCUCGUCCAGAGCCCAACCAAACCAUCGAGGGCAAACUGGAGCCUGCCAAACAUGGCAGCAGGUUAUUUUUCUGGAACUGGUGAGGCAGCUCUGGAAAAUCAGUCACCCUCCAAAGCCAUGGGCUCUGUCCAAAAACAGCUAGGCUUCUUGUGACUGUUGAUACUUCUAAGAUAGUUCUAGGGUUUGAAUUUCUCAGCUGCAAACACGAGCAUUAAGGAUGCUGGAUUUGGACAGGGUUCAUGCCUGAACAGUCAUUUUUUUUUGCAGCUGUACUUCAAACAUUGUCCAAUAGUUUGAUUAAGGAACAAAGUCCAUGAGUCCAUACAGCUUUCAGACCACCUCUGUAAAUGUAAAAAAGUGAACAAAAGCAACAUACUGUUAUUAUUGUUGUCCGAAAAUAAAGAAAUAAAUUAUAAA